UACUUUCUUCAAAAUGGCUGCGUCCGCACGGCAACAACUUUCCACCUUACUGUCUUCUUCUGGAUCACCAAAAGACCUGGCAGACAAAUAUCGUAAGGUUUUGGUGUAUAUACAGUCUCUGACAGACAAUGAUCUCACCGAUGGUUUCCAAGCAUUUAUAGAAACAAUGGUAAAUGAAAAUGUUAGUUUAGUGAUCUCCAGACAGUUGCUCACAGAAAUUUGUGCCCACCUAGCCUCUUUGCCAGACCCUCUUUCAUGUCAAGUGUCAAACUUCCUUCUAGAGAAAGUUCAUCCCAGAGUGGUGUCAUUUGAAGAGCAGGUUGCUACUACCAGGCAGCAUUUGGCAAACAUUUACGAAAGGGAAUCAAAAUGGAGGAUGGCCGCAAAUGUACUUGUUGGAAUUCCAUUAGAAACAGGUCAAAGGCAGUACUCUGUAGACUACAAGCUGGAAACAUACUUGAAGAUUGCUAGGCUUUACCUGGAAGACGAUGAUCCUGUACAAGCCGAAGCAUACAUCAAGCGGGCGUCCUUGCUUCAAGCCGAAUCCAAAAAUGAGCAGCUUCAUAUUCAUUAUAAGGUAUGCUAUGCCAGGGUUUUAGACUAUAGGCGGAAGUUCAUUGAAGCUGCACAGAGGUACAACGAGCUGUCCUACAAGACUAUCAUUGCAACAGAAGAAAGAAUGACAGCGUUAAAACAUGCGUUACAUUGUGCUAUUCUGGCUUCAGCAGGGCAACAAAGAUCAAGAAUGCUGGCCACCUUGUUUAAAGAUGAGCGCUGCCAGAAGUUGCCGGCAUACGGCAUCUUAGAGAAGAUGUAUCUGGAGAGAAUAAUCCGUGGUGAUCAGUUGAAGGAAUUUGCAGCAUCACUGGCUGAGCAUCAGAAAGCCACAACAGCAGAUGGAUCCAGCAUCCUAGACCGUGCAAUAAUUGAACACAACUUACUAUCAGCCAGUAAACUGUAUAAUAACAUUACCUUUGAAGAACUUGGAUCUUUGCUGGAAAUACCACCAAUUAAGGCUGAGAAAAUUGCAUCGCAGAUGAUAUCUGAAGGCAGGAUGUCUGGCUACAUUGACCAGAUAGAUAGCAUUGUCCAUUUUGAAACACGGGAUGCCCUCCCCCAGUGGGAUAAGCAAAUUCAAAGUCUAUGUGGCCAAGUGAAUGAUGUCAUCGAGAAAAUCCAACUACACGCCCCUGACUGGACAGCGGCACUAGCUGACAAUCAAAUGGUGCAAUGAGGAAUACUGUAUCAUGAUUUAUAUUUACCAUCUAGAACACUAUUUCCUGCCUGUGGUAGUGAUGUCCUUCUAUUGCAUAAGCUUCAUAGCCAACUUUAUUUAUCAUUGUCAAGUGAUUAUUUUUCUGCAUAUGAAGUAUUGCUAUCUAUAUAGCAGAAGUCACAGGUUGAAAAAGUUCAGUAAGUUAAGCAGUUUGCCAGGACCCCAGGUCAAAGGUCAAAUGUAAUGGACAGUGUAGUUAAAAAACAAUUGCAGUACUGUGAAUGUUCAUUAGCUGAAAAAGACAAGCUAAUGCCAUAAAAUAUUUGAAUACCAAAAAAAAAAGUUUAAAAAGUGGCAGGAAAAUGAAGGGUCUAUUCCGAAUUCAAGAGGAUUGAGGCAGUUAUAGGGUAACUACUGCAACUUCUCAAGGAGAUAUAGGAAAAAAAAAAAUUGAAAAUUGAAGUUUCUGAGCAAAAAUUCUAAUCUUAUCUGGUGCUCUGUAAUAUUGUAUAAUCCCAUGUGUGACACUAAACAAACACAGCAAGUAUGCUAUAAAAUGGAUCCACUGAAGCAGCUCACUUAAAAAGGUUAUAAUCGUUUAAUAAACAUUUUUUUUACUGAAGCAUUAAUGUAAAUAAAAUACUCUAAAUCAAGA